GGGUCACGGCCGCGGAGGCUUCUGGGACUCAUGCUAGGGCUACUGCUGGACUUGUCCGGUCCGGGCCUGGGCCUCAGUCGGACUGGCCUCUUCCCCUACGGCCCCAACCAGGGCGACCUGCAGCUGCAGCCCGGCGACGACAGGGUGGCCCCACCUCUCCUACUCCGAAACCGACUCCACUUCUACCAACUGGACGCCCUGCACAACGUCUAUGUCUCCACCAACGGGUACAUCGCCACGAGCCAGCCGCCAGAAAAGGAAGUCCUUCCCGGGAAGUUCCCCCCGACGUUCGGCGCCAUAGCCCCUUUCCUGGCGGACCUGGAUACCACCGACGGCCGAGGGAAAGUGUUCUACCGGGAAGACUCCUCGCCCGCCGUCCUGCAGCUGGCUGCCGACUGCGUCCUCAGAGGGUUCCCCGACCUCCAGUUCCACCCCCUGAGCGCCGUGGUGGUCACCUGGGAAUCCGUGGCCCCCCACCACGGGCCUGAGGGGAUCGCGGCUCAGGAAGACAAGAGAAAUACGUUCCAGGCGGUGCUGGCGUCCUCCGACUCCAGCUCCUAUGCGGUGUUCCUCUAUCCCGAAGACGGCCUGCAGUUCUACGGCACCCGCUCCAAGGACACCGGGGACCCGGUCUCCGCCACCGUCGGCUUCAGCCAGGGCUCUCAGGUUGGCCUCUUCUGGACCAGCGACGGCGCCUACAACAUAUUCGCCAACGACCGAGAGUCGCUCGAGAAUUUGGCCAAGAGCAGCAACUCCGGACAACAAGGCAUCUGGGUGUUCGAGAUCGGGAGCCCGGCCACGGCCAACGGCGUGGUGGCCGCCGACUUCGGCUCGGGGCCGGACGGCGCCGACUACGACGAGGACGACUUCGACUACGACGCGACGGUCGGGCCCCGGGCGGCCCCGGGCGGCGAGAGCCCCACCCGCGGCCCGGGUGAGGCCGCCACGGCCGGGGGGCCCCGGGGCCAGAGCCCGGCCCCGGCCGGUCCGGAGCGCCCCGAGGCCGAGGGCCCGUCCUCCUCCCCGGCCCCCGAGCUCUCCACCACCUGGACCCGGGCCUUCCGCUUCCGGGCCCGGAGCUUUCCUCAGCAGCCCCCGCAGGUCAUCGACGUGGAUGAAGUGGAAGAGACGGGGAUCGUUUUCAGCUACAACACCGACUCCCGGCAGACGUGUGCCAACAACCGCCACCAGUGCUCCGUCCACGCCGAGUGCCGGGACUACGCCACGGGUUUCUGCUGCAGCUGCGUGGCGGGCUACACGGGCAACGGCAGGCAGUGUGUCGCGGAAGGCUCUCCGCAGCGGGUGAACGGCAAGGUGAGGGGGACCGUCUACGUGGGGGGCCGCCAGACCCCGUUCGUCUUGGACAGCACGGACCUGCACUCCUACGUGGUCAUGAACCAUGGCCGCUCUUACACGGCCAUCAGCACCGUCUCCGAGGCCCUGGGCCCCUCCCUGCUCCCGCUGGCCCCCUUGGGCGGGAUCAUCGGCUGGAUGUUUGCCGUGGAGCAGCAGGGCUUCAAGAACGGCUUCAGCAUCACCGGGGGCGAGUUCACCCGGCACGCGGAAGUGACCUUCCUCGGGCAGGGGGAAAAGCUGCUGAUCAAGCAGCAGCUGAAGGGCAUCGACGAGCACGGCCACCUGACCAUCAGCACGGAGCUGGAGGGCCGCGUGCCCGAGAUCCCGUCCGGCUCCACCGUCCACAUCGAGCCCUACACCGAGCUCUAUCACUUCUCGGACUCCGUGAUCACGUCGUCCUCCACGCGGGAGUACACCGUGACGGAGCCGGAGCGGGACGGCGGCGACGCUCGGACUUCCACUUCCACGUACCAGUGGCGCCAGACCAUCGCCUUCCAGCAGUGCAGCCACGAGGACUCUCAGCAGGCCCUGCCCUCCACGCAGCAGCUGGCCGUGGACAGCGUCUUCGUCCUGUACAACCGGGACGAGCAGAUCCUGCGCUACGCGCUGAGCAACUCCAUCGGGCCCAUCCGCGAGGGGCCCCCCGACUCUGGAGGGAACCCCUGCUACACAGGGACCCACGGCUGCGACACUAACGCGGCCUGCCGGCCCGGCCCGGACAACAGUUUCACCUGCGACUGCUCCGUGGGCUUCCGCGGCGACGGGCGCGUGUGCUACGACAUUAACGAGUGCGUGGAGCAGAGCGAGGCCUGUAGCAGUAAUUCCGUCUGCCACAACUACCCGGGAACCUUCCGCUGCGAGUGCCUGGAGGGCUACCGCUUCGCCGAGGACGGCCGGACGUGUGUGGCCACAGAUGACGAGCGCCCUACAAACUACUGUGAGAACGGCCUGCACGACUGCGAUAUCCCUCAGCGGGCCCAGUGCGUGUACACGGGUGGUUCCACGUACACCUGCUCCUGCCUGCGUGGCUUCUCUGGAGACGGACAAGCCUGUGAGGACGUGGACGAAUGCCAGCAGCGCCCGUGCCAUCCAGAUGCGUCGUGCCACAACACUCCAGGCUCCUUCACCUGCCGAUGCCAGGCCGGCUACGCCGGGGACGGCUUCCGCUGCGUGCCAGGAGAAAGCGAGAAGACGAGGUGCCAGCUAGAAAGGGAGCGUCUUUUAGGGGCCGCAGGGGCUCUGGACCCCCGGGGACCCCGCCCCGUGGGCAUGUUCGUGCCUCAGUGUGACCAGCAAGGGAAUUACCUGGCAACCCAAUGCCACGGCGGUACCGGGGCCUGCUGGUGUGUGGAUCGCCACGGAAGCGAGAUAGCCGGCACGCGGACCGGCCCGGGAAUGAGGCCUCCCUGCCUGAGCACGGUGGCCCCCCCAGUCCACGCCGGCCCGUCGGUGCCCCCGGCCGUCAUCCCCCCGCCCCCGGGGACCCACCUGCUCUUCGCGCAGACGGGGAAGAUCGAACGGCUCCCGCUGGAAGGGAACGGGAUGAAGAAAGCCGAGGCCAAAGCUUUACUUCACAUCCCGGAAAAAGUGAUCGUCGGGCUGGCCUUCGACUGCGUGGACCAGGUGGUGUACUGGACGGACAUCAGCGGGCCGUCCAUCGGCAGAGCCAGCCUGCACGGCAGGGAGCCCGACACCAUCAUCGGACAAGGUCUGGGGAGCCCGGAGGGGCUGGCCGUCGAUCACCUGGGGCGCAACCUUUUCUGGACGGACUCUCAGCUGGACCGCAUCGAAGUGGCCAAGCUGGACGGCACCCUGCGGCGGGUUUUGUUCGAGUCUGACCUGGUGAACCCCAGAGGCAUCGUCGCCGACCCCGUUAGAGGAAACCUCUACUGGACCGACUGGAACAGGGAGAGCCCCAAAAUCGAAACCUCCUACCUGGACGGCACGCACCGCCGGGUCCUCGUGAAGGAUGACCUGGGCUUGCCCAACGGCCUGACCUUUGACCCUCACACUUCAUUGCUCUGCUGGGUCGACGCGGGCACCCACUGGGCGGAGUGUCUGAACCCCGCACAGCCGGAUCGCCGCCGCGUCCUGGGGGGCCUGCAGUACCCCUUCGCCGUGACCGGCUUCGGCAAGGAUCUGUACUACACCGACUGGAAGACGAACGCGGUGGUGGUCGUUGAUCGCCACGCAUCCAAGGAGACCGACACCUUCCACCCGCACAAACAGACGCGGCUCUAUGGGAUAACCACAGCCCUGGCCCAGUGCCCCCAAGGCCACAGCUACUGCUCCGUGAACAACGGGGGCUGCACUCACCUGUGCCUGGCCACCCCGGGGAGCCGUUCCUGCCGCUGCCCGGACAACACCGCUCCCGUCAACUGCAUCGAGAGGAAGUGACCGCCCGCCCGCCCGCUCCGGCUCCGUCCACGGCUCGGCUGGGAUCGGACCAGCGCCCGCCUUCCCUGCCCACCCGGAGACCGGCGGCGGAGAUGCCGUCUAAGCUGGAGUGACCGCUCCUUCCCUAGGUGACCUACCCCGGGAGAAGGCCGCCCGGCAGCCCCCUCCAGUCCCUCCCCCUGCCCCCUUCCAGUUUUCCCUCACUCCCGCGUGAAGCCCGGAGUGGAUCCUGUCCCCCGACCCAGACGCUGCCUCUCUUAAUCUCGGCCGCCUCUCCCCACCCCAGGCCCGAGUCAAUCGGUGGUAUUUAUUGAGCGCUUACCGCGUGCAGAGCACUGUUCUGAGC